CGACGAGAAGCGAGAGAGAGAUCCCUCCGGUGAUACAGUGAAGCUACCACUCAAGCUUGCCUUUCCCUAGACCCAGAGAGGCCUCAGCACCUACCAAACUAACACAAACAUCUCUCAUUCUUUCCUCCUACAUCAAGGGUAGCUACCACUCUCCCUCCGUCGCCUCAUCAAGUGCUCAUGGCCUCGAGCUCAAACCCGGAGACCAUGGACAUGGACCCACCCGGCCUCUCCAUCGCCGUCGAGCACAACCCGCCGGAGUCGCGCCUGGUUCAGCUCGGCGUCAAGUCCUGGCCCAAAUGGGGUUGCCCGACGGGGAAGUUUCCGGUGAAGUUCGACGCGAGGCAGACGUGCUACCUGCUGAAGGGCAAGGUGAGGGCGCACAUCAAGGGCUCGACGGAGUGCGUGGAGUUCGGCGCCGGUGACCUUGUCGUCUUCCCCAAGGGGCUCAGCUGCACCUGGGACGUCGUCGCCGCCGUCGACAAGUACUACAAGUUCGAUUCAUCUUGACUUGACAGUUGACACCGUCUCCAAUUGCCGAUUUCAGUGACUAAUUCGCUUUCUAGUUAGAUUGGUGACCCCGUCCGUUAGCCUCAUUCUCUAGCUAAUUUGCUAGAUAAUAUCCAUCUCUAUUGUCUUAAUUAGUCGUGUGAAUGAUAAUCCUGUGUGUGAGGGGUAUCUAGCCCCUGUGUAGGUUCGUAGUUAUUCAGCAGCCCCAAAAAACCGGUCAAUGCAGUGGCCGUUCAAAGUAUUCUUAUUUAUUCCUCUGAGUGCAAAUCCAUUUUGAAUGCUUUCUUUGACCAGCUAGCA